AUGAGGAAAUCCAUGAAGCUUUCAUCUUUUUUCAGAACCAAGCGAGCUCCAAAACUCCUUCAUCCAUGUCAGUUCUUGCCCUAUUGCGGACAGCCAAACACCCUCUCUUUUCGAAAGCCUAAUCAUUUAUUAGGUGAUGAUAGCCAAAUUCAAGCAACCUCAUUAUCAGUUGAGUCAUCAGACCUUCUUGACUAUUGCAACAACAACGGCGAGUACUCGUUGGAGAAGUUAGUUCGCGACGUCGUCCGGUCAUCGGAGAAGCUGUUUUUCGAGCCUAACGGCGGCAACAAGAGCCCACUGUUAGUGGUAGCUGAGCCGGCGACGGAUGAAGGAGUUGCCUCAGUGACUGAUGAUGAAGGUUCGAAAUUACAAUCUGAGAUAGAGAUAAGAAAACUGAAAGGAAAAGAGAAGGUUGAUGAAGAUGAAGAUGAUGAUGGUGAAAGUGAGGUUGGUUUCUGUGAUAGUGUGUUUAUGGCGUUGGAAUCAAAUGAUCCUUACGAGGACUUUAAGAAAUCAAUGCAAGAAAUGGUGGAGUUUCAUGAAGUGAAGGACUGGGAGAAAUUGGAGGAGUUAUUAACUUGUUACUUGGUUGUUAAUCACAAGAAAAAUCAUGAGUUUAUAUUUAGGGCUUUUUUGGAUCUAUUUUCCAUCGAAAAUUAG